AUGUCUCAAUCUUCCGGUUCUGCUCAGAUCAAAAACAAAAUUGCUGAUACUGUGAAAACAAGAUCAAAAUCUAAGAAGGAAGGAACAACUGUUGUGGUCGAUGCGAUGCCCAUAUCAAGUAUUCCUGCAACUACUUCUAAGAAGAAGAAAUCUGCAAAAUCUUCUAAGAAAGUAAGUGAAUCGUCUCCCUCGAUCUCUAUUAAGUCUGAUUCUAUUAAGUCUAAGAAGAAUAAACCCCAAUCUCCUGUAAAAAGGGGUUUGAGCAUGUCUGAUCUUUACUUAAGUAAGAAAUCUUCUGAAACGGCGAAUGUGGAAUCGCAUGAUGUUGCCUCCGGCAAAAAUGCGAAUGUUGAAUCGUCUAAUAAAGUUAAUGAAGAAAGUGUUAAGUCUGUGUCUGAAAAAGUGAAUCAAGAAACCCCUUCUGCAAAGGAAAACCCUAGUUCUGUUGAAACCCUAGGAAAAACCCAAAAUGUUGCUGAGAAUGUUUGUGUGACCAAUAAUCCUAGUGGUCCUGAGAAUAUGGCAGUUCCCACGAAUGUCAUAACUGAUGUUACUGAAAAAUCUCAAGAAAAGGCUGUUGUAACCGAUGCUCCAACCAGUGUUGAGCCAUCCUCUAUACCAACUGAUGCUGAGAAGGAUGUUGAAGCAUCCAAAGGAGGAUCGAGCCCACAUGCCAACACUGCCACUGGGUCGUUUGACAGUGGAUCUAAUACUGAAGCUUCCACUGAAGAGGAAGUAAACAAAGAAAGUACCCCUGAAGAUGUGGCUGAUUCUGAGCCAGAGAAUGAAGCUGGUGAGGACUCUGAGAAAACCACCAAUGAAGAACAGGACAUAGUGGAUGUUGAUGAAGUCCCCUCUGAAGAAGAUCUGCAACCUCCACCCACUCAAAAAGGUAUUGGGAGAAGACUGAGAAGCAGGACCACUACACCUGCACCUGCUGUUACCACUACCCCUGUUGUCACCAAGAAAACAAAGGACAAUACUCUGAAGCCUGUCAAGUAUGGUCCUAAGAAAGGAUGGAGCAAGCCUAUACCUCCUUCUGAAAAGAAAAAGGGUGUGCUGAAGAGGAAGAAUGCACCAUCAAGUGACUCUGAUUUUGAAGCUGAAAAGGAUGACUCAAGCAUCAAGCCUCCUGCUAAGAAGGCUAUGUCUGCUAAGAAGGCCAUGCCUCAAUCUGUUGCUCCUGACAUUGAAGACUUUCCUUGCAAAGAUAUUCUGGAAUGUGAAGAGAUUGUGAGUUUGAUCAAUGAUGCUGGAUUGAUCAAAACUGUGUGGGGCUUAGGCUCCUGCUAUGAAAAGCUGGUUAGGGAGUUUGUUGUCAACAUCCCUAUAGGCUGUGACAAUCCCUUGGACAAAGAAUUUCAGAAGGUAUAUGUUCGAGGAAAAUGUGUGACAUUUUCUCCAAGUGUGAUCAACAAGGUGCUGGGUAAUGCUGAUGAUCCUCACCCUGACAUAGAUGUAUCUGACAAUGUGGUCUGCAAAACUAUCACAGCUGAAAAGGUGAAAACCUGGCCCAAGAAGGAGAAGGUACCUGCUGUCAAGCUAACCCAAAAGGUUGAAGAGGCUGCAGCUCAAGCAGCUGAUGCAGAUGAUGAUGGUUCUAGUGGUGGAGAAGAAGCUGACUCAGAUGCUGAAGGAGAAGCAAGUGAUUCCUCCCCAAGUGCUUCUGUGUAA